AUGAACCAAAAAACAGAGCUUGGAAAGGCAUUGAAGGGAAAGCCAGAUUUUGCCUUCAAUCUCAAGCGACCUGGUAAUCAUCGGGAAGUUUCUUAUGAUUUGCAAUGGCCCACUCCAAAACCAACGGCAUCGAAUGCCACCCACGGCGGGGUUACCUUGCUGGAUGUCAAUCAGCACUCCAGCACAGAAUCCAUCGUGGACCUCAAAGACCCCAUCGAUUUAAAUCGAUCAUCACCCCCUCCAGCAACACCCAUGGACACCCAGAAAGGUGCAGAGAAAUUCAAUCCCAGGCACCCCGACGGCGACCUCUCCAGCAAGAGUGUAGCCGACGGUGCCUUUAACUUCACACUCAAACGCCCUGCAGUCGCAGUCGCCGACGGCGCCUUCAAUUUGAAACUUCAUCGCCCCGCGGUAGCAGCCACCGACAGCGCCUUCGACUUGAAACUUAGUUGCCCCGCGGUAGCAGCCACCGAUGGCGCCUUCGACUUGAAACUUAGUCGCCCCGCAGUAGCAGCCACCGACGGCGCAUUCAACUUGAAACUUAGUCGCCCCGCGGUAGCAGCCACCGACGGCGCAUUCAACUUGAAACUUAGUCGCCCCGUCGGGGGAGCUCCCAACAACGUCCCCACCGCCGACGGCCCAUCCAACUUCGAUCUUACACACCCCAUCGCAGGACUGCCCGACAGCGUUCCCACUCCUGACAGCAUGUUCAACUUCACCCUCAAAUGCCCUGUUAGGGACACUCCUGAUGGCGUCUUCAACUUUUCACUUAAACGCCCCAUCAUGGCCCCCCCUAACAAGGCUGCCGACGGAGAAGCCAAGGAGGGCAGUCUAGAUUCCGUUCCCUCCAAUGCCACGGCAGUCCCACAGAAACACUCCGACAAACCCUUCAACUUCAAUUUGAGACGCCCUGCGGCUGCACCUCUUCCCAUAACAGAGGCCCCUCCUGGAACAGCGUCCGAACCCAUGGGUCUCAAUAGCCCUCAAGGACAAGCCUCCGAUCCCGCGGCCAAGGCCUACAUGCCUUCAAGAUUGAGCACCCACCCAAGGGUGGCAGACCACUACAGGGAGUUGGAGUGGCUUGAUGAAAGGCUUUCAUUCCCAAGAUUUGAGGACUCGACUAAGAAAGAAGAACUUGAUCAGGUUAUAGCUGAAGUGCAAAAUCUUUCUUCCCGAGCCCGUGAUUCUGCUCAGGCCUUGGAGUUCCUCCGCCAGGAAAAGAUGCAGUUUUUGUUCGAUGUGGAGGCCUUCUUGGAGGUAAUGGGUGAGAUAAGAGAUGAGAUGUAUGCUGGUACCAAAGAUUUCAUGCUUAGUUUACAGGAGAGGUCUUAA